UUUAAGAAGAAUAAUGCCAGUACCUUACUUUUUAGUUUCUUAAUUUAAAAAAUAGCGAAAAUGAAUGUUAUUUAAUAUUAUUUAUCCAAAAUGUUACAAAACACGCAUAGAAUACGUUGCAUUACUACAGCAUUAAAUGGGUUGUAUUUGAGCCAGUCCAGGAUCCUUACAGAAAGAAUAUCUCAACAUUCGUAUGGAUAUUACAAUCAACAUCGAACAAAAAGAGGUAGUGCUAAAGAUAAGCUUUCGUCCCUGUUUGUUCCAGUGCCUAUAAAACCUAAUCCUGACGAUAUUAACGUAGGUGCCGAACUAACUGGGAGUUUAAAUAAGGCAGACUUGCUGAAAAUUCUAAAUAAGUUUUACCAGAAUCCCGAAGUCAAAGAAUUGCUGAUAGAUAAUGGACUGGACAAUUAUUUACAGCAUCAGACUUAUGUGAGUUUUAGGAGAUAUUGUUUAGAAGCUACUACAUUGCCUGUGGACUUGCAUAUUGUUGUUAGCGAUAUAUUGCAAGGCGCAGGUAAUCCUACAGAUAUAUUUCCGUAUUUUUUGGGACAUGCCAGAAGGAUGUUUCCUCAUUUGGACUGUAUGGAUGAUCUGAAGAAAAUAUCUGAUUUAAGAACUCCAGCAAAUUGGUAUCCUGAAGCCAGAGCUAUAAAUAGAAAAAUAAUUUUCCAUGCUGGUCCUACAAAUUCUGGAAAAACUUACCAUGCUUUGGAAAGGUAUAUUACUGCUAAAUCUGGAGUGUAUUGUGGCCCACUGAAACUUCUAGCUUCAGAGGUUUAUAACAAGUGUAAUGACAGAGGCACUCCCUGUGAUCUAGUUACCGGAGAAGAACGAAAAUUCGCUGAUCCCUCGGGAAUAGCAUCAUCCCAUGUUGCCUGUACCGUAGAAAUGACUUCAGUCAACAAUCCUUAUGAAGUGGCUGUCAUAGACGAAAUCCAGAUGAUCAGGGAUCCCCAGAGAGGUUGGGCCUGGACCAGAGCUCUUUUGGGACUGAUGGCUGAAGAAGUACACUUGUGUGGAGAGGCAGGUGCCUUGGAUUUAAUACAGCAACUUUGUUUGACGGCUGGGGAAGACAUAGAAGUGAGAAACUACAAAAGGUUGACUGAUUUAAAGAUAGAAAGUAGUGCUUUAGGUAGUUUAGAAAAAGUCCAACCCGGCGAUUGUAUAGUUUGUUUUAGUAAAAACGAUAUUUAUUCAGUGUCAAGGGCCAUAGAAGCUAGUGGGAAGGAAGUAGCUGUUAUUUAUGGAAGUUUACCUCCAGGUACUAAACUAGCUCAAGCUGCCAAAUUUAACGAUCCUGAUAAUAGCUGUAAAAUAUUAGUAGCCACAGAUGCCAUAGGAAUGGGUUUAAAUUUGAGUAUAAGAAGGAUUAUAUUUUAUUCUCUGAUAAAACCAAUAAUGAAUGAAAAGGGUGAGAAAGAGAUGGAUACAAUUUCCGUUUCGUCAGCAUUGCAGAUUGCUGGAAGGGCAGGCAGGUAUGGGACUAAAUGGGAACAAGGUUUUGUCACUACAUUUAAACCUGAAGAUCUACAAACACUAAAAACUCUUCUAAGCUCACAACCUGAGCAAAUCACGCAGGCUGGUCUACAUCCAACUGCAGACCAAAUAGAACUCUACGCCUAUCAUCUACCUAACUCUGCACUGAGUAACUUAAUGGAUAUAUUUGUCAGUUUGUCAACUGUAGAUGAUUCUUUGUACUUCAUGUGUAACAUUGAAGAUUUUAAGUUCCUUGCUGACAUGAUCCAACAUGUUCCUCUGUCACUGAGAGUGAGAUACGUUUUUUGUUGUUCCCCGAUUAACAAGAAAAUGCCUUUUGUCUGUACAAUGUUUCUUAAGUUUGCCAGACAGUACAGUAAAAACGAGGCAAUUACAUUUGAUUGGCUGUGUAGAAACAUUGGCUGGCCGUUACAACCUCCCAAAACUAUCAUAGAUCUAGUUCACUUAGAAGCUGUGUUUGACGUUCUUGACCUAUAUCUAUGGCUCAGUUACCGAUUUUCUGACUUAUUCAACGAGGCCAACUUGAUUAGAGACAUGCAAAAAGAAUUAGAUCAAAUAAUACAACAGGGUGUCAUACAAUUAACUAGAUUAUUAAGAAAUUCAGAGACAGGUGUCAGUUCCGGCACUUCUCAAGCCGAUGACGAAGAAUUUGACAGCCAUACAAAGAAACAGACUUAUCUAAGAAAUUCGCAGUCAUCGCCUAUUGGUAGAGGAAGAUUGACGGAAAGGCUUCUGGCCCAGGGAAUUUUAACACCCACUAUGUUAAACGAGUUGAAGAAGGAAUGGAACAAGAAGGUACCACCAAACGAUUCUGAUGGCGAAACUAAAAAUUCACCAACAAGAAGAAAACGAAAGACUAAAUAAAUUAUUUAAAAUGUUACAUA